AUGAAUUCACGAAAGAAAAAGUGUUCAGAUAAUAUAUCUUCUGUGGCAACUGCAUUUGUGAUAAUUUUAUGUACUACUGAUAUUGCCCUAUGUUAUAAUAAUGACAAUAUAUCUUCUACAUUGAAAUACGUGUUUGCUGUAACAUUAGAACCGGCUCAUGAUCCUACCGACUACUAUGGUGGGCCAAAAGUUUUUGGCUCUAGCGACAACAUUAAUCAAGAAGGUAUUUAUGAUAUGCUCACAUGCGAUAUCUUUGCAAAACCGUAUUUAGAAAAGUUCGGAUUAGAGAAAUUUACAAGAAAUAAUUUUUGGGUUUUCACCAAUUUUGAGAUUCAUAAUUUGCAAGGAGCAAAAUAUUUCCAAAAAUGCUUAUUGAAUAAGACGCAAGAAGUUGAAAAUAAGAAAUUUAACAAUAUAGAAGAGCUUGAAAAAUUCUAUUUCAACCUUACACUUGAAUUUGUGAGAUUUUAUGAUAAACGCGAUUGUCCAGUAUAUUAUGAAGCUUUACAUGAUAUGAGACAUUAUUUAGAUCGAAUUUUCUGUAAAGAAUUUGCUGGAAUUGACAAGUGUAUUGCGAGAAGAUUUGAAAUUGAACGUGACUAUAGAAAACUUUGGCUUUUGUCGUUGGCUAUGAGGAAUUUGGACAGAGAUGUACGUGAGGAUGAUGAUAUAUCCGACUGGGAUAUCAUGAAUAUGUUUUUGGCACCAGUAGUCCGAAAAAGGCAUGAAAAAAAGUUACGAGGUGUUUCAGAAUCAAAUUUAUUAUCUCUGAGUGUGAUGGGGCAACAAUUUGCUUACCAAACAUCUUUAAGUAAACGUAUACGUAGGACCACCGGAGGUCGUCUUUUGAAGUACAUAAUGAAAACUUUAGAGCUCGUUAAGAAGGGCAAAACAAACGAAAUAAAUCCGAAGAAGGAUGAUCUGAAAAUGUCAGUAUUUGUAGCACCGACACAAGUAUUUAUCGGCUUGCUUUCAGCUUUGAAACCUAAGGGUACUUUAAUUGAUGGAAACACAUUCAAUGUUACCAAUUUCUAUCCCUAUGUAGGUGCAACAAUUGUGUUUGAAUUACAUAGAUUACGAAGAAACAAUUGGAGAGUUAAGGUUCUUUAUAAUCAGCACACUUAUGGAGACUUCCAACUUUUAACUUAUCGUGAGUGCAAUAAAUUUAAAUAUGAUCCUAAAUAUUCUUGCAACUGGAAUACUAUUAAACAUAUAAUGGAAGAUAACUAUAUGCAUAAAGGAAAAUUCGUCGAUUUUUGUAGAUCUCGAAGGCGCCAUCGUAAACAUGCCGAAAUUAUGCCUUAUGCUCACACUACCCAUAGAAAUUAA